AUGUUUGCGGAGGACUCGAGAGCCCAGAGGCGUUUCUCAGUUUGUUCAUCGUGGCACGGAUAUGUUUGCCCUUCCAGAUGCAGCAAGCAGAGGAGUUGCUUCGUCUGGGCCAACUCCACGGUCUUCGGUGAUCCGUGCCCGGGGACCUCGAAAUAUUUGGAAGUCCAUUAUCAGUGUUUGCCGGCUCUGUUGGUCCUGGAAGGGGCCUCGAGUUCCACGGCGGGGCCUGCCGUUUCGUCCCCGGACGCGCGGCGGGAGGACGGCGACGCGUCUUCCGGGUUUUCCACGACGGUUUUCCUCCCGGAUUCGCCGGCGAAGGAGGAAGCGAGCCGGAACACGGCGACGUCGGCGAUCUCCAUCGCGACCAAGGAGAUUUCGAUCGCCGAUGUCGUUCCCACGACGGCGAGAAUUUUCGAGGACGACCGAGCCGGGACCGCGGGAACCGAGGAGUCGCCGCCGUCUUCGACGGGGGACAAGUGUCCUUCGACGGUGUCGAGGGGUCUCACCUGGGCGGAAACGGAGACCGGGAAGGAAGCGAAGCAGAGGUGUCCGCCGUCGGUGAUGGGUCGGGCGACGUGGAGAUGCACGGGGACCGCGUGGAAGGCACCGGGGCCUGACCUCAGCCGCUGCAAGUCGCUUUGGGUCUCCGGCCUUCAAACUCGGGACGUGGCCCGAGGCCAAGUCCCCGUCUCGGAAGCCCGUCGACUCCCCGUCUCGGAAGCCCGUCGACUCCCCGUCUCGGAAGCCCGUCGACGUCUCGCGAGGCACCGAGUCGAGCAGUACGACGGGUUUCGAGCCGAAUCGCAGGUGACGUCCGGAAUCCUGGACCGGAAGGACUUGGCGAGGGAAUUGGCCCAUCUCGUCCCGAGCAGAUCGCUGUACGGAACGGACGUCCCCGAGAUCGUGGGGAUGCUGGAGGAGGUCCCCCCCGCGCUGGAGGCCGUCCCGUCGGAGGACGCGAGGCGGCGAGGCCUCGAGGACGUGCUCGGGGUGGCGUCGAGGCUGAUCGGGGAGGCGGGGGAGGCGUGGGGGGACGUCGGGGGGGAGGCGAGGAGGGAGGCGGCGACGAGGCUCUUCGUGACGCUGGAACACGUGGCGUUCUUGGUGGCGAGGAGGCUUCCGGUGCCGCAGACCGAAGUGUUCGUUCGGAAGAAUAUCGUGGCCCACGUGUCUCACGACAGGGGGAAAUACAACGAUCGGGGAGACGAACGGACGAUCCUGUUCAGCGACCACUUUCCGGACUCGGACGUGGAAGCGGAAAUCCGACUGCCGAAGGACGCCCUCCCGGAUCCCCACGUGGACGUGGUGUUUUUUCUGAUGAACGGCGGGGACCUGAAGGACAUCCUCGACCCCGAAGACGCCGAUCUCGGCCUCAACAGCCACGUCGUAUCCGCUUCGAUUCGUAAAGGUCGCCACGUGGAGAUCUCGUCGCCCGUCCGAUUGACGUUCCGGAACCGAUACCCCGUUUCCGGGUCUCGGCCUCGCUGCGUCUUCUGGGAUUACGAGAGCAGGUCUUGGAUGGGCGAUGGAUGCGACGUGGAGUCGUUCAACGCCACGUACACGAUCUGCGAAUGCCAUCAUCUGACUCACUUCGCCGUGCUGGCCGCCACCGCGAACGGGGGGACUCCCGAGGCCGUCGGGACCGUCUCCGCGAUCCGACCCCGGAUCCACGUCGUCGCCUACGUCGGCUGCUCCCUCUCGAUCUUCUGUCUGCUCUGCUCCCUCUUGGCCCUCUACGGGAUCCAGGAGGAUCGAUCGAACGUGCACAAAAACUUGUGUGCCUGUCUCUUGUUCGCCGAACUCCUUUUCCUCGGCGGGAUCGAACGAACCGAGUAUCGACUCGCGUGUGGGUUCGUCGCCGGCUUCCUUCACUUUUUCCUCCUGGCGACGUUCGCUUGGCUCUUCCUGGAAGGACUUCAUCUGUAUUCGGUGCUGGUGGGAAUAUUCGAGGCCGUGAAGACCCGGUUGCCUUGGUACUCCCUCGUGGUCUACGGCGGUUCUUCGUCCGUGGUGGCGAUCGCUGCGGGAAUCCAUCCUCAUAAUUAUGGAUCAGCCGACGCCUGCUGGCUUCGGUCGAGCGAUUACUUCAUUUUCGGCCUCGUCGGACCGGUCGUAGCAUUGUUCCUGGGGACGUUGGUGUUCUUGGCCAUGGCGAACCUGGACUUCUGGCGGCGUCACCCCGAGAGUAACGACGAUUCCGUCUCCAAGGAUGGAGUCAAGCUUUCUUCCUACAGGUGGUGGCUGAGAGGUUCCACGACGACGCUCGUCCUCGUCGGGAUCACUUGGACGUUCGGCACUCUCUACAUGCAGUACCGAGACGACACGUUCGGGUACCUGUUCGGGUUGACCAAUGCCAUUCAAGGACUCGUAUUGUUUGCCGCCACUUGCCUCUUCGACGAAAAGGUGAAGGAGGGAAUGACCAAGAAGUCCCUGAGAAUCUGGGCUUGGGGGUCUCUGUCCCGGCGACCGGACGAAAAUUGCAGCCAGCAGUCGAACGCCGGGGGUCGUGCUCCUCACGCGAGCAACAUGCAUGGUUACGGACCGACGACCCCCGGUGACGGUGGAUGGAUAAAUCACUCCUUUGCACGUGGUUCCGACCCCGGAGCGUCCACUACUUGCCCCUGCUCGCUUUUGCAUUUCUAUUACACCUCUCUACCCUUGGCCCUGUCUUCCGCUCCCUUCUACGGCCCGGUCUACUCCGUUCAGGAAGCCGUGUCGAAGGGAGAGGACUACGGAUUCCACGACGAAAGAAGCAGCAACUAUUACAUCACGACGCUGAAUUCCGGUCGCGCGUCGUCGUCGGGAAAUCCCAGGACGUACUGCAACGUUCCCGACCCUUACUGCCGGAGGAACAAGGAAAACGUCGUUUUCACGGUCGAUCGGCUGAGGAGCGGGAGUCCGUGGAAUCACACCUACACCGAGAUCGACCUGAAUUCCACCGUCUACGCGGAGAUCGACCACAACAAGCAGGUCUCCGAGUCCAGCGACGCCAGUCAAUCCACCCACUGCAGCCUCAACGACCACAGACCCUUGAUCGAGCAGCGAGGUUCCACUGCCCCCAACACGAAGCCCGUCACGAUGCUGUAGACUCUUGCAUUCUGGUGUUUCCGAUCGCUCGGGACCGUGGGGAUCAGGUUGCACCGCUCUGUGAUCUUAACAGGGGAGGCCGAAGGCUUCCUCAGACUCCGGCACGAAAGAUCGUCUCUAUAUUUAUGAUGAAUUAAUCUACCGACGAUGUGAGUACCGACUGUGAUAAAUGCUGCGCGAAGAGGGUGUAAGUUAUAAACGUACGAACGAUGCAUUCUUUUCCGAUAUUCGCUUCGCUUCGCUCGUCGAAGCUCCUUUGGAAUAUCGGGUCACUUCACCGAUCUAGUCAUGAGGAUACUAGAAUAAAGAGUUCUCAUAUAAGUGA